GAGAGAGAAAGGGGGGGGGGUGAGUGUGGUGGAGCCAGUGAGCUGUGCUGCCUUUAUGGAGCAAGAAGGCAGAUAGGAAACCUAGCAGUCAGCAGCCGGGAGAGUCAGAGGCGCAGGUGGACUCAGAACAACCUCACCCCCCCAAAAGACUGGGGAGCUGGAAGCCGGGACACCCCCCUCCCCCCCUGCAGCCAGCCAUCAGGCAGAUUCCGGUGCAAUCCUGCUGGUUUCUCCACUCUAGGCUGAAAGCUGCUGUUUCGGCAUCCAUCCUGCCGGCUUCUGUCACCUCUCUCCAGGAGUUGUACCACACUGGCGUCUAACCCCCUGUGGCCGCCAGAGGGCAGUCAAGAGCACUUCAGACGGACAGGCUGCUGACUUCUCAUGACUGAAGGGUUUCGUCCUCCUACUUUUCAGGUGGGAACAACAGCUGAUGGUGGCCAACAUAACUCUCCUCCCUCCAUUUGAGGACUCGUACUGAUUAUCUCGGGGCUUCUGCAAACAUCUGUGAAGAACUUUGACAAGGGGUGACUGAACCUGCACACGUUCAUUCCGUCCUUUUCUCCAGCUGGGACUUUCACUGGCUGUGAUCAUCCGCUCAACCGGCUCUCUUGUGAGUACGAUCUUUUGACUGGUGGAGAUCCUCGCUGCUGGUGAAGAUCCUCGUUGCAGGUGAAGAUCCUCGUUGCAGGUGAAGAUCCUCGCUGCAGGUGGAGAUCCUCGCUGCAGGUGUAGAUCCUCGUUGCAGGUGAAGAUCCUCGCUGCAGGUGGAGAUCCUCGCUGCAGGUGUAGAUCCCCACACCGCAAAGCCCAGCCAUGACUCCGAUGCAGCGUCUGCUCCAGCUGCCGGUCAGCGCCGUCAACAUGGUGAAGACGGUACAGGGGCCCCCGGAGGAGGCCAAGAGCCCCGUGCUGACACCGGACAACAGCCAGGCCACAUGGUACAGCGCCGUGCAGCCCGAUGAGCUCCGUCACCUGCGGCCCACCGGGGACGGCGAGGAACCAUCACCACAGUCAGAGGACGGGACGGCUGGGCCCUUGGCACAGCCACUGCGAAACGACGACUUGAAGGAGAUGCUGGACAGUAAUAAGGAUGCCAUGAAGCUGGAGGCCAUGAAGCGCAUCAUCACGAUGAUGUCCAGGGGCAAGAACGCCUCAGACCUGUUCCCUGCAGUGGUGAAGAACGUGGCCUGCAAGAACAUCGAGGUGAAGAAACUGGUGUACGUGUACCUUGUUCGCUAUGCUGAGGAGAAGCAGGACCUGGCUCUGCUGUCCAUCUCUACCUUCCAGAGGGGAUUAAAGGACCCCAACCAGCUGAUUCGGGCCAGCGCCCUACGAGUCCUUUCCAGUGUCCGGGUCACCAUCAUCGUUCCCAUCAUGAUGCUGGCCAUCAAGGAGGCCGCGUCUGACAUGUCACCCUACGUGCGCAAGACGGCCGCCCAUGCUAUCCCCAAGCUUUACAGCUUGGACCCGGACCUGAAGGAACAGUUGAUCGAGGUCAUCGAGAAGCUGCUCGCUGACAAAACGACACUGGUGGCGGGCAGCGUGGUGAUGGCCUUCGAGGAGGUCUGCCCCGACCGCAUCGACCUCAUCCACAAGAACUUCCGCAAGCUGUGCAACCUGCUCGUCGACGUAGAGGAGUGGGGCCAAGUGGUCAUCAUCAACAUGCUCACCCGCUACUCCCGCACGCAAUUCCUCAACCCCAAUGCCAACGACACCCUGAUAGAGGAGACUGAUGAGAAGGUAUUCUAUGCCUCCGAUGAGGAGGACGGCAAAGACGAUAAGGGAGAGAAUGAGGAGUCUGACCAGAAGGCCCAUGUGAUGGACCCCGACCACAGGUUGCUUCUGCGCAACACCAAACCCUUACUGCAGAGCCGCAAUGCAGCUGUGGUGAUGGCUGUAGCCCAGCUCUACUUCCACCUGGCUCCCAAAGCCGAGGUGGUCGUCAUUGCCAAGGCCCUGGUGCGUCUCUUGAGGAGUCACAGCGAAGUGCAGUUUGUCGUGCUGCAGAACGUGGCGACCAUGACCAUCAAGCGAAAGGGGAUGUUUGAACCUUAUCUCAAGAGCUUCUACAUCCGGUCAACGGAUCCCACCCAGAUCAAAAUCUUGAAGCUGGAAGUGUUAACCAAUUUGGCAAAUGAGACAAACAUCUCGGUAAUCCUGAGGGAAUUUCAGGCAUACAUCACCAGCAUGGACAAGGACUUUGUGGCCGCCAGCAUCCAGGCGAUCGGCCGCUGUGCCACCAACAUCGGCGAGGUGCGGGAGCCCUGUCUGAACGGCCUGGUGCAGCUGAUGUCCAACCGCGAUGACCUGGUGGUGGCGGAGUCAGUGGUGGUCAUCAAGAAGCUGCUUCAGAUGCAGCCGGAUCACCACAAUGACAUCAUCAAGCAUAUGGCGAAGCUCACAGACAACAUCCAGGUGCCCAUGGCGCGGGCCAGCAUCCUGUGGCUCAUCGGCGAGUACUGCGAGCACGUGCCCAAGAUUGCCCCGGAUGUGCUGAGGAAGACGGCCAAGACCUUCACCAGUGAGGACGACAUCGUCAAGCUGCAGAUCCUCAAUCUGGCUGCUAAGCUCUACGUGACCAACUCCAAGCAGACUAAACUCCUCACCCAGUAUGUGCUGAACCUGGCCAAGUACGACCAGAACUACGACAUCCGCGACCGUGCGCGCUUCAUCCGACAGCUCGUCGUGCCCAUCGAGAAGGGCGGUGCCCUCAGCAAGUACGCCAAGAAGCUCUUCCUGGCGCUGAAGCCUGCUCCCGUCCUCAGUUCUCCAUUCAAAGAUAGAGAUCAGUACCAGCUAGGCUCUCUCUCCCACCUGCUCAAUACCAAAGCUUUCGGCUACCAGGAGCUCCCCGAUUGGCCGGAGGAGGCCCCAGACCCAACCGUGCGCAACGUAGAGCUAGAGGAAACCAUUUCGAACACCGAGGGGCGGAUCGGCCUGCUAGGAGACUGGCGAGAGGCCCCAGACUGGAGUAAGACUAGCAGUCGGGAGAAAAAGAAGAAGGAGAAAAAGGCGGAGAAGGCGUUCUACUCGGACUCUGAGGGGGAAUAUGGGCCCAGAGAGUCGGCCGACAGUGGAUCCAGCAAGGGAUCUGGGUCAGAGUCUGCCAGCAGGAGUGGCAGUGACAGUGAGGAUAGUGGUUCUGGAUCAGAGAGUGAGGAGAGCGAGAGGGGUUCAGGGUCUGAGGAGGAGAAAGAGAAGGUGGAGGAGAAGCCCAAAAGGAAACCGGACAAGGUGAAAUCCAAGAAGGCUGCCCCAGAGAGCGCCGAGAGCGAACAGAGCGACAGAGAGGAGAGGAAGACCGCUAAGAAGAAGAGUAUGGAGCCGAAGAGUGCGUCCGAGUCUGAGUUAGAGGAGAGCAGCGGGUCGGGGAGCAGCGGGUCGGAGUCUGACGAGGAGUCAGACACAGAGACCAAGCGCAAGAAGUCUGCGAAGCCCACCUCCUCCAAAGUAUCAGAACAUCCUAAGCAAGAGGAGAAACAAGUGUCUCUGCUCGAUCUGGAUGAUUUUGCCCCAAAACCAUCCAAUCAGUCCAGCCCUGUCCACAGCUAUAAGGCCAAUAGCCUGGUAGCAGAUCUAGAAGGUCUCUCCUUGAGUGACUCUGCGCUGCCCCCUCCUACCAUAAGCCUCACACUGGACUCACUGAAGACCCACGUCCUGCUGCACCGGCUCUCAGGCGAGGGCCUGGCCGUGGACUACUGCUUCAGCCGGCAGCCAUUCGGGGCAGACCCCCACAUGGUCACGGUGCAGCUGCAGUUCACCAACAACAUGGACGUAGAGGCCCAGUCCCUACACAUCGAGGAACCCCGGCUGCAGUCCGGCAUGAGGAUCAAGGAGUUCCCCGAGAUCGAGUUGCUGCAGCCCGGAAAGACGGUCACCGUGGUGAUGGGCAUCGAUUUCUGCGACUCCACCCAGGCAGCGAACUUCCUGCUCUGCUCUAACACAAGGAAGUUCUCCGUGUCAAUCCAGCCCCCUGUGGGAGAGCUGAUGAUGCCAUUCUUCAUUACGGAGCACGACUUCAAGAAAAAGCAAGGUCAGCUGGCGGGCAUGAAUGAGAUUAAGGAGAGUCUGACGCUGAGCAAGAGCUGCAAGGGCGACCUCACGAUCAUGCAGAGGGUCACUUCCGUCGCCAACCUGGGCCGGGUAUCCACUGCAUCCGACAAGGAAUCCAGCCCUCCUUCUCCUCCUACUCCUGGCUCACCGCUGGCCUUUAGGUUCGCAGGGAAGACAGUGUCCAGUGGCAGUCUGGUCCUGGUAACUGUGGAAACAAAAGAGUACCGGAGUACCCAGCUGACAAUCAACAGCGAGAAGAUGGUGAUUGGUGCCAUGCUGGUGAAGGACAUCCUCCAAGCCCUAUCACAGUGAAGGACUGCUUGAUAGCUGCCCCACCUCCUUCACAUUCCAUCCACAAUCUCCUCAACCCACUGUCACAAUUAUGUCACGCUAUGAACCUACUUCCUGCACAAUAAUAAUAAAUGAUUGACAUUUUCAGCAACCACUCAGAACCUCUAAAAAGCUUGACUAAACGACUGUGUUUAAACAAAAGUCCUGGGUGACAUGGAGUGUGUGGGUGUAACAAUGAAUUCAUGAUAAUGCAUAGACACAUUGAGAUUUGACCAAGGUUUACUGUCAGGGGGAGCAUAUCAUUUUGGGCCCCCAAACCAAUCCAAUUACCGGUAUGUUCCAAAUUUAUUAGGAUCCCUUUCACUCAGGGACCCUUAGAAUUGUCCCAAAACCCCCUCCCACCUUACAAAGCCCCUGACUGUCACACUUCAUUUAAUCCCAAAUUGUAUUGUUACAGUAAUCAUGAAUGUACCGUAAUACAUGGAAACAAUAUGGCAAUAUCAGUUUUGUCCACAACAAAGGAACAUAGCGUACUGGAUGCCAUUAUUAUUUGAAUGGAUUGUUUAUCCUUAUUCACACAUGUCACCGUACAAAAUUCAGAAAGACACAGCACGUUACCAGUACUCAGAAUAAUAGUGCAUAGUUCAAUACUAUACCUGAAUCUCAUGGGUGUAUAGGUUGUUUUAAAUAGAAUAGACAGUAUGAUAUUUUACAAAAUGUCUGGAUCCCAAGCCCAGUCCCCGCCCCCCCACUCCAUUCUGCAGCACACAUGCUAAUCUGUUGUACUUUUAAAAAGCUGAUCGAUCUGGAACGAUGAUAAACACAUUCAUCUUGCAGUCAUUUAAAAUGCAAGAGUUGUAUUACAUUUAAAGACACUCAAAAACAAUAUAAUUUCCCUGACCCUUAAAUACCUGGUUAGUUGUAAUUAAUAAGGGGGUUGGAAUUAUCUGAGUCCUCACACAUUACAUGACCUUCACUGCAUCCUUUGACAUCCAGGGAUAUGGAAGGAGAGCUAGGUGACUUUAUUCUCUUCUCUUCCUUCCGGCCUGAAAAAAAUCGGGGCAUAAGGGGUGUAUAGUCAUUCCAGUUACAGCAGGGCUAGUUCACUGGCACGUCUGACAUUGCCCAUCCGGCUUGAAGUGCGUCUACCUUUAUGUUGCAUCGUUUGGUUGCCCUUUGCUUGCCGAGCGUAAAUUCAGUCCAGUCUGUUUUACUUCGUCCCCAUCUUUUUCCCCAGUCUGGUGACCUAGUGACAUCGAUAAGUGUGUGGUGCGUGCGUUGUUAAUUGCUAUUUAUUUUGCAAAACAUUGUGUUACUAUGAAACGAAUGGGUUUGAAAAACACAAAUAAAGAGUUAGUCUCA